UGCUGGGCAGGGGGGCGUUGAUCCGGGCUGGGCCCCCUCACUCUGCCCUCAGCAUCUCCACCGCUGUGCUCGCAGGGCUGGGGAUCUGCACUGCGUUCCUGUGUGUCACCUGGUCUCUGCUGGACUACCACCAGUCCCUGCGCUCCUUCCUGCAGGACAAGUACGAGCUGAGCCCGGGCUCCUCGGUCGUCUACUUCCUGUGGAACCUCUUCCUCGUCUGCCCCCGCAUCCUCGCCGUCGCCCUCUUCGCCCUGUCCUGGCCCUACGGGGUGGCCCUGCACUUCCCGCUCGUCUGGCUGGCCAUGUUCCUCUGGGUCAGCCUGCAGGGCACCGACUUCAUGGAGUCGCCCGGCCCCGAGCAGCUCUACCGGGCCGUGGUGGCCGUGAUCCUCUACUUCAGCUGGUUCAACGUGUCGCCGGGCAGGACGCU